GCUCGAUUAUCCGCGCACGCGCAUUCGCGCGUCACCCGCUCGUCUGUCGUCUGCAACUGUCAGCUCCGCUCCAGGGUUAACACUUUCGGGAAAGAUGCGGCUUUUGCUUUGCUCUUUUAAUAGCGCCGUCAGUCGGUAGACACGGUGCACGGUGUACGAAAAUGUCCGCGCGAACAUCAGAAAGCACGGCGCGGAUCUAACUCGCGGCCCGUCUCCGUGAAUCACUCCCUUCGACUGGUAUGUUUAUUGGCGGUCGACCGCAUAGGUUAUAGCAGGAUGAAGAACUUCGUCAGUAUCUUGAAAAUCAUCUUCCUGAAUCACGCGCGCGGACUGUCCUACACGGUGACGAUGACGCUCCUGCUGGUCUACUGUCUUCAUCCGGCGCGAUUCGCCUCUCACUACGCCUACAUCAAGACUGAGAACAUCUACGACGAGAUGGAGAGAUCGUACCCGCCGCGGGACAAUUCCUGCGUGAUCCCCGUCAGCGGGUCCUCCCAGCUGCUCUAUCCGGAGGAGCAUCCCCGGGAGGAUCCGGUGGUGAUGGCACGUCGACUCGGCAUCCUACCGGGCGGCCAGUGGAAGCCCCUCAAUUGCCAUCCUCUCUUCAACGUGGCCAUCAUCCUGCCGUACCGCAACCGGCAGACUCAGCUUGCCAUCUUCAUGAAUUACAUACAUCCGUUUCUGCAGUCGCAGAACCUGGACUACCGGAUAUUUGUGAUCGAGCAGAGCCCGAUGCGCGAGUUCAAUCGCGCCAAGCUCUUCAACGUCGGCUACGCCGAGGCCACCAAGAUCAACGAUUUCCACUGUUUCAUUUUCCAAGACAUAGACCUGAUACCGCAGAAUCCCGACAAUAUCUACGCGUGCACCAAAAUGCCCAGGCAUAUGAGCUCCAGUGUAAAUACCUUUCGAUAUAAUCUACCUUACACCGGCCUGUUUGGAGGCGCGAUAGCCUUGACGAGGAAACAGUUUGAAAGAGUAAACGGAUUUUCUAAUGUUUUCUACGGUUGGGGCGGAGAGGACGAUGACUUCUACAGUCGUUUACAGUCCAGGGGCUUUCAGAUAACGCGCUUCGGGCCUAAUGUGGCGCAGUAUUAUAUGCUGACGCAUAAGAAGGAACCUCCCAGUACUACGAGAUUUGCAAAUUUGGAGACUGGUGCUCGAAGAUAUGACACUGAUGGUCUUAGCAAUCUAGAAUACAGAGUAUUAAAUCAUCAAUUGCGACCAUUGUACUCUUGGAUUUUAGCUGACGUGUAAUUUACAAGUUUUUUAUCUAAUAUUAGCACUUAUAUCUAAUUUACAAGUUUUUUAUCUAAUAUUAGCAUUUAUAUCUUUUUUUAAAUUGACGCUAAUCAGAUAAGUUGUUGUAGUAAAUUAUAUAUUUUUUAGAAGAAUUAAAAAAAUUUUAUCUUACACAAAGUAUAUUAGAAAUUCAACGAAUAAAUGUAAUUGUUUUAGCAUGCUGUGAUAGAGCACUAUAAUUAAGUCUUGCAAGGAUAUUUUUUUAACGAUUGAAAAAAUAUUUCACUUCUGUGUGUUAAGAGUGUGAACAAUUAAGCUUACAACAAAUAUUUCCUAGUAUGUAAAUUUAAUAAUGUUUUUUCGAUAGCACUCGUAACAGUGAGAUGUGACAACGGUAAUAAUAAUUUAUCAACAGGUUGUACAAAGAUAUAAAAGAUAAUAUUAGAGUCCGACCGAAACAAUCUUUUUUAAUUUCGGUCAAAACCGAAUACGAAUAUUCGGUUAUGUGUCGGCCGAAACCAAAAUAUAUACGCAUAUAUAUUAAUAUACUUUUUAUUUAUAAAUAUCAAUUUAAAUCAAAAGUCAAUUUAAAAUAAUAACACUUGUAAGUGUAAAGGCCCCCGCACAAUGAAAAAUAUAACGAACAAAGAACAGAUAUUAGCGAUUAGAACUAAGGACUCAAAAAUAAAAUUGGAUGCACAAUGAAAAACACAGGCAAUAGAUUUUUAACCUAUCGGAAGCCGUGUAUCAAUGCUACACCAGCUUUAUUCCUGAUUCUUUAGACCUAAUCGCUAAAAUUUAUUGUUUCUUGUUCCUUAUAUUUUUCAUUGUGCGGGAACCUUAAUUAUUAAAAUAAUUACACUUAUUAUCACAAUCUGUAUGCUAUAUACUAUCUGUAUUAUCAUAUUACUUGAAUAGGAACAAAAUUUCUAAACGUGAAAUAAAAAUAUUUUUUAAAGUCUUUGAAAAAUCUGUAGAAAAUAAACAGUUUUGGUUACGUCGCUGAAACUUUCUUUGAAUUUUGACCGAAAUCAAAACCGAAUUUUCGGUCGAGAUAAUAUGUAAUAACAUAUAGUUAUGUUAUUGAUAAGAGUUGAAGACUGUAAUCAUCAGAUACUUUCUUAUUUUAUUUCAUUAAAAUAAGAGCAAUACCAUUUAGAUAUGUAAUAUUCAACUACACUAUCGUUAAAUUAUUUAAUUUCAUAUUUUUGUGAUAUUUAUCAUGUAAAAAAAGCUGCUAUUUAAUGGUACAAAUCUAUUUCACAUACAUAGAAAGUAUAUUAAUCUUUGGUCAAUGAUACUUACCUGAUACCCAAAGAGAUUCUGGUCCUUUUAUGUUAUAAAUUAUAAUAGAGUGCAGUGUUCUUCUACUGACUGUUACUAGAUACUUUAGAUAUAAAACAUUUUUCUGUUACAAAAUAAGAUUUGAUGUACUAUUACAUAAAUAUUCAAACGUGAAUGAAUCAGAGAUUAUCUAACAUUGCUCAGUCUAAUGCUUGAUAUUAAUUACAUAUCUGAUUUCUUAUAAAUUAUGAAUAAACAUAGUUUAGAAGUAUACAAUACUUCAUUUUUUUUUUUAUCUUUGAAUGUAACGAAAAAUGAUAGUGACAGAACAAUAUUAAUAAUUUAAGUAUAUCGUUAUAAUGUGAUGAGGUAUUGUAAAACAAUAAAACUAAGUUUAUUAACUGAUAAAGAGAACAUGAUAAUGGAAAGUGUUGGAUUUUAGAAAAAUAAGUAAAAUUAUAUAUACAUACCACUUUGUGAAUAUUUAAAAUAAUGCCUAUCAUUCAAGAAAUAUAUUUAAAAAAUGUAAUACAAAAUUUUUAAUGUUUCAAGUGUGAAGGAAACAAAACUUGAAGUGUUUUAGCAAUUAAACUUUUUUAAUUUUGGAGAUAUAUUAUUAUCUAUCAUAAGCAAAUCUCUAUUUCUAUUUAUAUACAUGAUGUCUGGUAAUAAUCGCUGGAUCUCUUCAAAAAUCAUACAACACGCUUAUCGUGAUGUAUAUUUAUAUUUUUAGAUAUUUCUUUUAAACUAUUAAAUUGAAUUUAUACUUUUUGUAAUUUUUGAUCAAAAAAUUUAAUCAAGCAUUUUUUACUUCUUAUUGUCAAUAUCGUAUUUCUCGAUCAUAAGGAAAUUAUUGGAACACGAACAAGAGUUUUAGAAUUCUGGUCAAAUAAGACAAAUAAGUUUAUAAAGUUUAAUCUAUUACGAAAAAAAUCACAUGUUCUCAAUAUGUAUAUUAGUAAUAACGCUGCAUGUACAUUCAUUAAUUUUCCGUCUAUUAUUUAAUACAUGAAUCUUGCACGAUGACGUCGAUGACUUUAGAAAAAUAAAAGUAAAUUACAAAAACGAUGUUAGAAAUGUAUACAGUGAUAAAUAUAAUGCAUUACCUCCAAAAACUGUAACAAAAAAGAAAAAUAAAUGUAUAUAUGUGUGUACGAGAAUAA